CACCGAUCACACACAUCAUCACAUUCUCCAACGGUCAGCAUCUUGUCACAUUAGUUUGUUCUGUCUGUCUGUCUUUCUGCCUAUCUAUCUAUCUUCUUCUUGGAUCACUGGAUCACCUGCUAACAUCAACACUUCAUCCCAGACCCUUCAGUGUGUGGCUCUCAAGGACACUCCCUGCCACCAAGCACAGCCCUAGCUGUCACCCCCUAUGAAAUGUAGUGUGAAGGCAGUAAUAUUAUGCAGCAUAAACCAAGGGGUGUACUUUCCCCCCCUGGUCUCUCAAAUGUGCUUUCAAGGAGCCCGGCCAUGUUCUGCCACCAGCACUUCGGGCCCCUCCAGUCAGACCAAGCUCCUACCUCCUCUAGGCCUUCACCCCAACUGUGCCCUCUGCCCAGGCCAUCCUCCCCUACCUAGCAGGCCACCAACCUUCCCUUUCUUGUUCUCUCUCUCUCCCUCUCUCUCUCUCUUUCCCUCUUUCCCUCUCUCUCUCUCUCCCCCCUCCCUCUCCCCCGAAGGGUUGCCAUCCUACCUGAAGCAUGCAAGCACCGUGGCAGGCGGGUUCUUCAGCCUCUACCACUUCUUCCAGCUGCACAUGGUUUGGGUCGUGCUGCUCAGCCUGCUGUGCUACCUCGUGCUGUUCCUCUGCCGCCAUUCUUCCCAUCGCGGCGUCUUCCUCUCCGUCACCAUCCUCAUCUACCUACUCAUGGGUGAGAUGCACAUGGUGGACACAGUGACAUGGCACAAGAUGCGAGGGGCCCAGAUGAUCGUGGCCAUGAAAGCGGUGUCUCUGGGCUUCGACCUGGACCGGGGCGAGGUGGGUGCAGUACCUUCGCCCGUGGAGUUCAUGGGCUACCUCUACUUCGUGGGCACCAUCGUCUUUGGGCCCUGGAUAUCCUUCCACAGCUACCUACAGGCUGUCCAAGGCCGCCCGCUGAGCCGCCGGUGGCUGCAGAAGGUAGCCCGAAGCUUGGCGCUGGCCCUGCUGUGCCUUGUCCUGUCUACUUGUGUGGGUCCCUACCUCUUUCCAUACUUCAUUCCCCUUGAUGGUGAUCGUCUCCUUCGCAACAAGAAACGCAAAGCCAGGGGCACCUUGGUAAGGUGGCUGCGAGCCUAUGAGAGUGCCGUCUCCUUCCACUUCAGCAACUAUUUUGUGGGCUUUCUGUCUGAGGGCACAGCCACGCUGGCAGGGUCCGGCUUCAGCGAGCACAAGGAUCAUCUGGAAUGGGACCUGACGGUGUCCAAGCCACUAAAUGUGGAGCUACCACGGUCCAUGGUGGAGGUUGUCACAAGCUGGAACCUGCCUAUGUCUUACUGGCUAAAUAACUAUGUUUUCAAGAACGCUCUCCGCCUGGGGACCUUCUCAGCGGUGCUGGUCACCUAUGCAGCCAGCGCCCUCCUGCACGGCUUCAGCUUUCACCUGGCCGCUGUACUGUUGUCGCUGGCUUUUAUCACUUACGUGGAGCACGUCCUCCGGAAGCGCCUGGCUCGGAUCCUCAGCGCCUGUGUGUUGUCUAAGCGGUGCCGGCCUGACUGUUCACACCAGCAUCGCUUGGGCCUGAGGGUACGAGCCUUAAACUUGCUUUUUGGGGCCCUGGCCAUCUUCCACCUGGCCUACCUGGGCUCCCUGUUUGAUGUUGAUGUGGACGACACCACAGAGGAGCAGGGCUACGGCAUGACAUACACUGUCCACAAGUGGUCAGAGCUUAGCUGGGCCAGUCACUGGGUCACUUUCGGAUGCUGGAUCUUCUACCGUCUCAUAGGCUGAGGCAUAGGAUUCUCUUGGCCCCCUCCCCCCAAGAUCCCUCCUCCUCAGGGUGCCAGGCUCUGAUGAGGAAAUGAGGGAAGGCCGUCUCUACUCCCUUGACCUCACUCUAUCCAUGAUUCCCAACAUCUCUACACACACACACACACACACACACAGACACCAUUCCCAUGCCUGUCAAUCCUCACCCUUCCACAAGGGCAGGCAGGGGAUGGACCCUGCUGGGGCCUAGGGGUGGGGGGAUAGUUAGGAAAGCAGAGAAGGGGAGAUCCAGGGCCUCCCCGCCUACCUUCUCCCUUUUUAUAUUGUUUGUUAUUGUCAAAUAAAAGUAGGAAAUAU